CCUCCCUUUCUUCCCUUCCCUCAUUUUUUCCUAUUUUGAGAGUGUUGAGAGGAACGAAGCUGACUACGUCUUUCUACUUAUAACUAUUUAAUAUUCUAAAAUGUCAGCAGCAGAGUAUAAGAAGAAGCUUUACGAUAUUCAAAGAACUGGAGAGAACAAGAACUGCUUUGACUGUGGGGCUCCCAACCCUCAGUGGGCCAGUAUAUCGUACGGUAUCUUUAUUUGUUUGGAUUGUUCAGGUAUACAUCGUUCUUUCGGUGUACAUAUCAGUUUUGUACGGUCCAUCACCAUGGAUAAGUGGUUUGAUGAUCAAUUGAAGAAGAUGGAGAUUGGAGGAAAUGAAAAGGCAAGAAUUUUCUUUGAGUCCCAACCUGAUUAUUCACCAAAUAUGUCCACACAAGAAAAAUAUCAUACGCAUUGCGCAGAAUUAUAUCGCGAUAAGUUAUCAGCCGAGGCUGAAGGUCGCCCUUGGACUCCUACACCUUCGGCACGAUCUGCUAACAAAUCUCCCGUCACAAAUGCAUCAGCAAACAAAACGAGAAUAGCUAACGGCGCCACACGCUCCUUAAACAGUCAGGGCAGCCGUUUUGGUUCCGCUAGUCAUUUGACAAAUCAACGCUCAAACUCAUCCGUUUCAGUAUCGGGUGGUUUUGGAAAUGAUAUCAAUAACAGUGACAAUUAUACCGAUGGAAGAUCAAAUGGCCUUGACAGUGGUGAUGGCGAUAUGAAUAGAAAGGCUCGUAAUGAGCAUUAUUUUGCACAACUUGGUCAAGCCAACGAAAGUAGACCAGAUCAUAUACCACCUAAUCAGGGCGGCAAAUUUACCGGUUUUGGUAAUCCUCAAUUCGAAAAUGAAUAUAGAAGGAAUGCCUCUAACGAUUUCGGAGCUAAUUUGGGAGAUCUUCGAGAAGUGAUUAAUGACCCAAAAGUGGCUAUUGAAAAGGGUUUAUCCCUUUUGUCAUACGUUGGUAAAGCUGCUGUGGAAUUUGGUCGUUAUGCUAACAAUAAUUAUGUGAAACCUGCUGCUGCUCAGUUAGCCGAUCCCAAUUUUAGAGAGCAUCUUCGUGAAAACGUCAACAGUUAUGUCAGUUCUUUCACUCAACCUAGAUCAUCAUCCUCUUCGCCUUAUGGUUAUCAAAGCUAUAGUAAUGGUGGAUCAGGGUCCUCCACUCCUACUUCAUUACGUUAUUCUACAUUAAACUCAUCCACUCAUACAUCCGCCAAAGAUAUCCAAGAUGACGAAGACUUUUUCAAUUCACAUCUCAACAAUUUACAUAUUUCAGAUAAUAACAAUAACAGCCCUAGAUAUUCACCUACCACAAGCAGCACGCCACCCGCCAAGAUGAAUAGCAGUACCAGAAGUCCAUCUUCAACAAUAACCAACGUGCGUGCUAGAGCCAAUUCUGGAGCUAACAGAAAGAAAGCACAUACAACAAAUUCUGACGAUGAAUGGGGAGCUUGGUAACCUAAGUUAUAGGACAGAUCUGAAUAUGAUUGAAAAAAGGAUCAAUUAGAUUUUAGAAAGUUAAACAUAUUUACCAAUAUUGCAGUCAAAAAGUAUCAGAGACACGCGCUUGUAGUUCUAAUCUAUCAACAUAUUAACGAUUUUAUAAAGUAUUUUACAUGCAUUUUUCUUUUUAAAAAAAAAAUUCUCCUUUGUACCUC